AUGGGCUUUGGAGGGGAUGAGACUGAGCGCAGAAAUGAAUGGCAACGGCGCGGAAAAACAGAGGAGAUCGAUUGUGCGGGGAGGAGGUUGGCGACUAAGAGGGUACAAGAUUCUGGCUUUAUAUGUGACCUGCGCAAAGCCCAGUGGGCCCAAUGUGGGGUCGGGCUGUGCACCCAAGGGGCGCCCAAUAGAAAGGAUGGCAGAAACUCUUCCGAGAUGUUGCCCGAGUCUUUUAACUUGCUGGAUUAUCGCGUCAAGGAAGUUGCUAAAUCCUGUCGACUCGAGAUGGUAUCAAAUUCUAAUCCUUUUUACGUUGAAAAGGCUAUCGUCUGUUCAGAUGAUGAUAAAGCUGGUGAGUUCGUACUAAUGGCGUUGAUUAGUGAAGGCCGAGUGGGCGUGUGGCGAAGCAAAGACGAGAGAUGGGCGAUUAUAGAUUUUGGUUAUGAAAGUUUUUACUGUAAAGAUAUCAUUUAUCACAACAAGAAACUCUACGCUAUGGGAUUCGACGGCAUCACUGUGGCAGUGGAUCCCAAGUCUCUAAACGUCACUGAAGCUGCCGCAGCUCCUGGAAAAUCCCAAUCACAUCUUAUGAUGCACUCUCUGGUAAAAUCAAGGGAUGAUUUGUUUCUGAUCAACAAGUAUUGGUUAUACAAAUACUACCAACAUGGUCCUCUUUUGGGUCGGAUUUGUUUGGAUGUUUUCAAGCUUGACGAAGAGAAAUGCGAGUGGAUUGAAGAAGAUGGAUUAAAAGAUCAAGUGUUGUUUUUAGGUGAAGAUGGUUCGUUCAUGCUUUCAGCGAAAGAACUCCCUGCGUGUAAAGGGAAUUGCGGUUACUUGAUGUAUAUGGAUUUGGGUGGAGCUGAUUUUAAAUUUUAUCACCCCACAGAGGCUGUUGCGUAUUUUGACUUGGAGGAUCCGUCGCCGAGAUCUCAACCGGCGGCUCUUUCAAAAUAUUCAGAGGCAUUUUGGCCUCCACCCACUUGUCUCAGACAGAAGCAGAAUUCCUGCUGAAUGAAUGUAAAGUUUAUUUUUUUAUUUUUUUCUUAAUUUUAUUUUGAUUGUAACCGCCUCAUCCAUCGGAGAAGUAGAAUUUGAAGCUGAGCAUGGUUGAAAAAUCAUGCAUCCAUGAUGUAUAAGUUUGAAUUUUCUUUUCAAUGUCAAAUGUUUACAGGAUUAUUUAAUCAUGUAGUCAAAUUCAAUCCAAAUUAGUA